AUGGACUCAAACACGGACAAACCGGCCUCUGCCUCGCCGCAGUCAACAAGCAGCCAUGAUGCCGAAUUUGCCAAAUUUGACUUGUAUCCCUGGGUGCGGGAUCGUUCAUUCCUUCAAGGCCUCAUGGCCACACUGGGUCCGUUUCUCGCCAGCAAAGAUGACGCCUUCACACGUCAAAAGGCAUUAAACACCACUCUUCAAGCCCGCAUCUGGUGGUACAAGUCGCGGUUCAACUACGACAUUGACCGUUCCGCCUAUGAGGCCUACAGCGCCGCUCACUCAUCCUCCAACCCUGACGCCUCCAUCCUCGCCAAGCUCGAAGAUAUCCAACAGCGCAUGGGUGGUGCUACACCAACCCGGCCGUCCCCCGACAAACCCCAUGCUCCUCAAGCCGUGCCCUCGUGGCAACUGAAUGCCCCAAAAGUUGACGCCAGCAAGAAGGCCGACGACGGGGCCCUCCACGCCAACACCGGCGAGGGAGCGCCUUAUCCGGAUAACUUCCAGGCUUUGAUCGAGGCUGUCACGAUGGGGAAGCCAAUAUCUGGGAUCAAGGAGAUUCCGAAUACAGUCGUGAGGCCACCGGGGGUUACACCUUUCGGUAAGAUGAAAGCGCCUCGUAAGCCUUGGGAAAAGGAUUCACCAUCCGACGAACUACAACGGACCAGUGUCCUGGGCAAUGUAGUGGACAAAGAGUUUCCGCCGCUGCCGGAAGACACGGACAACACGGCCUCAGAGGUCGAGGGAACCUCUGGCAUUACCCUCCACAGACGUGAGGAGCUUCUCGUGUCCAUCAAAAAGGAGACCGACAACACGCCGCAUAUCCAACCUUGCAACAGGCACAAGCGGCAGGACAACGACCGUGAAUAG